AUGCUCCGUUCUACGAAUCCAAUACGAAGAGUGAUAGCACAGACCGAACGUUUUUCUUCUGGAUACACACGAAAACCCCUCGAUCCAAAAUGGGCAGCUAUGGCGUCGAAAGCGAUGAAAGGAAAAGAUGCAAAUUCAUUGAUUUCGCAAACGCCCGAGGGUAUCCCGAUCAAGCCGCUUUAUUUGUCUUCGGAUCGACCCGGCAGAGAUGCAAAAGAGCCAGAGCUUCCUGGAAAAUAUCCGUUUACCAGAGGCCCUUAUCCGACGAUGUAUACUCAACGACCGUGGACCAUUCGGCAGUACGCAGGGUUUUCGACAGUAGAAGAGUCAAAUAAGUUUUAUCGGGACAACAUCAAAGCUGGACAACAGGGACUUUCAGUGGCCUUUGAUCUUGCAACACAUCGAGGUUACGAUUCGGAUAACCCACGAGUUUUUGGUGAUGUUGGAAUGGCUGGUGUGGCUGUAGAUACCGUCGAGGACAUGAAACAAUUAUUUGAUGGUAUUCCACUUGAUAAGAUGAGUGUUUCAAUGACUAUGAAUGGCGCAGUAAUUCCAGUUUUAGCUAUGUUUAUUGUUGCUGGAGAAGAGCAGGGAGUUGACAAGAAAUUGUUAUCUGGGACUAUUCAAAAUGACAUUCUCAAAGAAUUCAUGGUGCGUAACACCUACAUUUAUCCGCCAGCUCCUUCGAUGAGACUUAUCGGCGAUAUCUUUGCAUACACGAGCAGCUACAUGCCCAAAUUUAACUCGAUCUCGAUUUCUGGUUACCAUAUGCAGGAGGCUGGUGCGGAUGCAGUUUUAGAAAUGGCGUUUACUAUUGCCGAUGGGUUGGAGUAUUGCGCUACGGGAAUCAAAGCCGGCCUCGAUAUCGAUAAAUUUGCCCCGCGUCUUUCAUUCUUUUGGGGAAUUUCAAUGAACUUUUACAUGGAAAUUGCUAAAAUGCGAGCUGCCAGGAGAUUGUGGGCUCAUCUACUGAAAGAGCGGUUCUCGCCGAAAGAUCCAAAAUCAAUGAUGCUUCGAACACAUUCACAGACUUCAGGAUGGUCUUUAACUGAACAGGAUCCAUACAACAACAUCAUUCGAACGUGUAUCGAAGCGAUGGCCUCAGUUUUCGGUGGAACACAGUCUUUGCAUACAAACUCUUUCGACGAGGCUAUGGGUUUGCCGACUCCAUUUUCAGCACGAAUUGCGAGAAAUACUCAAAUCAUACUUCAAGAAGAAAGUGGAAUUUGUAAGGUUGCUGACCCUUGGGGUGGAUCUUACAUGAUGGAAUCUUUAACAGACGAAAUGUAUGAUGCUGCAUUGAAGAUUAUCAAAGAAAUUGAUGAACUUGGUGGUAUGGCUAAAGCUGUUGCCAGUGGAAUGACAAAAUUGAGAAUUGAAGAGGCUGCAGCUAAAAAACAAGCACGAAUUGAUUCUGGUAAAGAUAUCAUUGUCGGUGUCAACAAAUACAGGCUGGAUAAGGAAUCUCAAAUUGAAGUGCUGCAAAUUGACAACAAGAAGGUUCGAGAGUCUCAAAUCGCAAAGAUUCAAAAGAUUCGUCAAACUCGUGACAAGGCAGCUGCUGAGGCAUCGCUAAAGAGAAUUACUGAGUUUUCUCAUGGUAAAGGCAAUUUGCUUGAAGCGGCCGUCGAAGCUGCUAAAAAUCGUUGUACUGUUGGUGAAAUCUCGGAUGCUAUGGAGACGGCAUUUACCAGACAUACGGCUGUUAAUAGACUGGUUUCCGGAGCAUAUAGAAACGAAUUUGGUGAAACAGACGAAAUUUCACAAGUUCUCAACAGAGUUCAAAAAUAUGCGGCACGCGAAGGAAGACAACCCAGGAUUAUGGUGGCUAAAAUGGGUCAGGAUGGUCACGACAGAGGUGCCAAAGUGAUCGCUACUGGUUUUGCGGAUCUUGGAUUUGACGUUGACGUUGGACCACUUUUCCAAACUCCUGCCGAAGCAGCUCAACAGGCAAUUGAUGCCGAUGUACAUGUUAUCGGAGCUUCGUCUUUAGCGGCAGGACAUUUGACGCUCAUCCCUCAAUUAAUCGAAGAAUUGAACAAACGUGGAAGAGGUGAUAUAUUAGUCGUUGCUGGGGGAGUGAUUCCACCACAAGACUAUGAUGCUCUCUACAAGGCUGGUGUAGCAUUGAUCUUUGGCCCCGGAACUCGUCUCCCACUUUGUGCAAACAAUAUUGUCGAAAAACUAGAGGCGAAGCUC